AUGGCCGAGAGCUCCCUCUACCGGCAGCGGCUAGAGGUCAUCGCUUUCUUCUAUCCGGUCACCACCACCCUCAGAAUGACCCCCAUUCGGCGCGGACUAGGCCUCCGCAGCAUCCCGGGCGCGGCCGGCCCCGCCCCCGCCGCCCCGCCCCCACCCGCUGCUGAGUCAGCUCCUCCGCAGCCCCCUCCCCGCCCGGGGCCCCGACGUGCGCUCCGCCGCCCCGCCCGGCUCGCAGCCCCGGGAGUCCCGGGAGCCCCCGCGAGCCCCGCGGAGGAGGGAAGGCGGAAAGGGAGGCGGCGGCCCCGCCCGGCCCGCGGGCAGCUCCCGGUCCUCUGUGCGCAGGAGAAGCGGCGGCUGCAGGAGGAGAUCCGCGCCGCGCGCCGGGAGCUGGAGGAGGAGAAACUCCGCGUGGAGCGGCUCAAGAGGAAGUCUCUCCGGGAGCGUUGGCUAAUGGACGGGACGGCUGAGGGGACGGAGCGGCAGGAGGAGUCUGCCUCGAAAGACCCCCAGUCACCUGAGGGCCAGGCUCAGGCCCGAAUCCAGAACUUGGAAGACAGCUUGUUCACACUCCAGUCCCAGCUGCAGCUGUUGCAAGGUGCAUCCACAGGUGCCCAGCACAAGUCCUCAGGCAGGCCCACCUGGCGCAGACAGGGUCACCGACCUCUCUCCCAGCCUACGGUGGAGGCAGGUCCCACAGACCACGCUGAUCUGAACAAGAGAGCCUCCCUACCAGCCGGACCAGUGGACACGUCCCCAGAGUCCCCCUCUGAGCCCAGAGAUGAGGCUGUCAGGGCUCCACCAGCCCUGAAGUUGUUCCCUGGGGCAGCAGGGGCCUCCUCAGAAGCCAAUGGCCCCUGCCCUGGACCCAGCCCCGCUCCAGAGCAGGAGCCUUGUCAGGGGCUGGCAGCAUCCAAGGGUGGCGUGGAUGAGGCCAACGGGGGUGUGGUGAAGGUGGUAUGGGAGGGGCUGAGGGCCACAGAGGACUGUGUCACCGGGGCCACGGGCCCAGAGCUGGAGGCUAAGGUAGAGGAGAUGGUGCUGGAGGCAGUUGGCGACAGGCAGGAAGCCAGCUGCCCAGAGCUCCCCUCCUGGGUGACAGAGGACAGGAGCACCGUGGAGGUGGUCUGGGAGGGGGUGGGAGGGCCAGACAGCAGCGACUCAGAGGCCACAGGGGAGGCGGGCGGCGGGGGCCGGAAGGCUGCGCAGACCGGCUCACCGAGGCUUCAGGUGAGGCCGGAGGGAGCAGCUCCUGGAGAAGGUGGCAUUCCCAGGGGCAGCCCUGAUGCUGAUGGGCCAGGGGGCUCUGGAGGAGAGGAGGGAUCUUUCAUUUGGGUGGAGAGGGUGACCCUCAGCGAGGAGUGGGAGGAGCUGGUGGUGGAGGGAUUGGAAGGGCCAAGGGUGUGGGGAAAGGGGGCAGGACCUGAGAGUCCACUGGGGGCGGAAAGGGGGGCAGGGGAGGAAGCCUGGGAGGCAGGGAGCAGCCAAGCAGAGGAACCAGUGGGCGGAGUAAAGAAGCGGAGUGAGGAAAAGGCAGGGACAGAGCAGGAAGGAGCAGACAUGUCUCUGAUGGUGGAGAGGAAAGGAAGCGAGGACUCCUUGGAGCCAGAGCGGACAGGGGGUGAGGAAAAGCUGGGGACAGAGAGGGAAGCAGUUGAGGGACCUUUGAGGGCAGAGAGGGAAAGAGGCGAGGAGUCAUUGCAAGUAGAGCAGAAAGGAGGUGAGGAAGAGCUAGAGGCGGAGAAGGAAGAUGAGGAACCAUUGGGAGUACAGCAGAAAGGAGAUGACGAGAAGCUAAAGGCAACCGAAGAACCUUUAGAGCCACUGAAGGCAGAGAGAACAGGAGGUGAGGAGCCACUGGAGGCCGAGGAAGGAGGAGGUGAGGCACCAUUGGAGGCGGAGAAGACCGAAGCAGUCGAGGAAGACCUGAGUCCAGAAGAGCAGAGAGAGUCUGGGGGAGGAGAGGAAUGUCAGGCAGAGGAGGUGAGUGAGGCAGGGGCUCCCCUGGGGGCCAAGGAAGAGUCAAGGCCAGAAGAAGAACAACCCCAGCCCCAGGAGAAGCAGGAAGGCUCCCUGGAGGAGGGAUCUGUCCGACCCCAAACUCCUGCUGAGGGCCAGGGCCCCUCGGGGGAUGCCACCCCGCUCCUGGCGGAGACCCCCACCCCAGAGCAGCCUGCCGAGUGCCAGCCACUUCUUCGGGUGCAAGGGCCCAGGGCCCACCCCAGUGCCCGGCCCGUGCCCACCUAUGCCCCUGCCCGGCAGCCCAAGCCGUCUGCCCCUGCUGAGGGUGAAGAGGCAAGUGGCCCAAAGCAAAAGACGUGCCAGUGCUGUGCGGUCAUGUGA